GAGAAAAUGUAGCAGAGCGACAGCCGAGCGACACCUGCCAGCAGCUUGGUGUGGACACUCAGCCCCUGUUGUCCCUCUGGCCAUCCAGCCUCACCAUGUCAAAGAAGAGUGCGGGCAGCCGGGCCAAGGGGGACAAGGCAGAGGCCUUCACCGCGCUGCAGGCCGCCAACGAGGAGCUGCGGACCAAGCUCACCGACAUCCAGAUUGAGCUGCAACAGGAGAAGAGCAAGGUCAGCCGAGUGGAGCGGGAAAAGAGCCAGGAGCUGAGGCAGGUUCGUGAGCACGAGCAGCGCAAGCACGCGGUCCUGGUCACCGAGCUCAAGAGCAAGCUCCACGAGGAGAAGAUGAAGGAGCUGCAGGCCGUGCGGGAGGCGCUGCUCCGGCAGCACGAGGCCGAGCUGCUGCGGGUCAUCAAGAUCAAGGACAACGAGAACCAGCGGCUGCAGGCGCUGCUCAGCACCAUGCGAGACGGUGCGCCCGACAGAGUCAAGACAGUGCUUUUAUGCGAGGCCAAGGAGGAGGCUAAGAAGGGCUUCGAGGUGGAGAAGGUGAAGAUGCAGCAGGAGAUCUCGGAGCUCAAGGGAGCCAAGAAGCAGGCAGAGGAGGCUCUGACCAUUGCCAUCCAGGCCGACAAGAUGAAGGCCGCAGAGAUCAGGAGCGUGUACCACUUACACCAGGAGGAGAUCACGCGCAUCAAGAAGGAGUGUGAGCGAGAGAUCCGCAGGCUGAUGGAGGAGAUAAAAUUUAAAGACAGAGCAGUCUUCGUGCUGGAGAGAGAGUUAGGGGUACAAGCCGGGCAUGCCCAGAGACUGCAGCUCCAGAAAGAGGCUCUAGAUGAGCAGCUCUCCCAGGCCAAAGAGGCUGAGAGGCACCCGGGCAGCCCCAGACGAGAACUUCCUUAUGCAAGCGGUGCAGGAGACGCCUCAGACCACUCGGGAAGCCCUGAACAGCAGUUGGAUGAAAAGGAUGCCCGGCGCUUCCAACUUAAAAUCGCAGAGCUAAGUGCCAUCAUUCGUAAACUGGAAGACCGUAACGCCUUGCUGUCGGAAGAGAGGAAUGAGCUGUUGAAACGUUUAAGAGAAGCUGAAAGUCAGUAUAAGCCAUUGCUAGAAAAAAACAAACGCCUCACUCGGAAAAAUGAAGACUUGUCUCACACUUUACGACGCAUAGAAAGCAAGUUGAAGUUUGUCACUCAGGAGAACAUGGAAAUGAGGCAGAGAGCUGGGAUCAUCCGGAGGCCCAGCUCCUUAAAUGACCUUGACCAAAGUCAGGAUGAGCGAGAGAUUGACUUCCUGAAGCUUCAGAUCCUGGAGCAGCAGAACCUCAUUGACGAGCUUUCCAAGACCCUGGAGACAGCUGGCUAUGUGAAGAGCGUGUUAGAACGUGAUAAGCUGCUAAGAUAUCGGAAACAAAGGAGGAAGAUGGCGAAACUCCCCAAGCCGGUUGUGGUGGAAACCUUCUUUGGGUAUGAUGAAGAAGCUUCCCUGGAGUCAGACGGCUCUUCCGUUUCCUACCAAACUGACAGGACUGACCAGACCCCGUGCACGCCCGAUGACGACCUCGAGGAGGGCAUGGCCAAGGAGGAGGCAGAGCUGAGGUUCCGGCAGCUGACCAUGGAGUACCAGGCGCUGCAGAGAGCCUACGCCUUGCUGCAGGAGCAGGUCGGAGGGACGCUGGACGCAGAGCGAGAAGUUAAGACCCGUGAGCAGCUGCAAGCAGAAAUGCAGAGAGCACAGACUCGGGUGGAGGACCUGGAGAAGGCACUGGCCGACCAGGGCCAGGAUAUGAAGUGGAUUGAAGAGAAGCAAGCCCUGUAUCGAAGAAAUCAAGAGCUUGUAGACAAGAUAAAACAGAUGGAGACAGAAGAGAGCCGGCUGAAGCAUGAAGUCCAGGAUGCAAAGGACCAGAAUGAGCUGCUGGAGUUCCGGAUCCUAGAGCUCGAGGAGAGGGAGAGGAAGUCGCCUGCCAUCAACUUUCACCACACGCCUUUUGUGGAUGGAAAGAGCCCUCUUCAGGUGUACUGCGAGGCUGAGGGCGUGACGGAUAUCCUGGUCACAGAGCUGAUGAAGAAACUGGACAUCCUGGGAGAUAACGCCAACCUGACCAAUGAGGAACAAGUGGUUGUCAUACAAGCCAGGACUGUCCUGACCUUGGCAGAAAAGUGGCUGCAGCGGAUUGAAGAGACGGAGUCAGCCCUCCAGCGGAAGAUGGUGGACCUGGAAAGCGAGAAGGAGCUGUUCAGUAAACAGAAGGGCUACCUGGACGAGGAGCUGGACUAUAGGAAGCAGGCCCUGGACCAAGCCCACAAGCGCAUCCUGGAGCUGGAGGCCAUGCUGUGCGAUGCCCUGCAGCAGGAAGCCGGGGCCAAAGUGGUGGAGCUGCUGUCGGAGGAGGAGCGGGAGAAGCUCAAGGUGGCCAUGGAGCAGUGGAAGCGCCAGGUCAUGAGCGAGCUGCGGGAACGAGACGCACAGAUCCUGCGGGAGCGCAUGGAGCUGCUGCAGAUGGCACAGCAGAGAAUAAAAGAGUUAGAGGAAUGGAUAGAAACUCAGAAGAGACAAAUAAAGGAGCUGGAGGAAAAGUUUUUAUUUUUGUUCUUGUUCUUCUCCCUAGCGUUCAUUCUCUGGUCAUAG